GACCCAGCCAUAUUCCUCGUUCGCUGUAUAACAUGGUUACUGGCAGCUACUCAGCAAUGGGUGUCGUGAUAUCAUAUUGCAGCUGAGCACUGGCAGUCAGCCAGGAGUAGUCUAUUUAAAAAAGACAGCCCUACUGCACAGUAAUCAGUCUCUUUAGAAACUUCUGCAGGGUAAAAACUGUUGGGAGAUCUGCAAAGUACUUUUUUUCUGACUUGCAUACUUCUUUUCUCAAGUUAUUAUUAUUAUUAUUUUUUUUUUCCUUCUCUUGCCUUUUGAAGAAUACAUGUAUAAGUUCUACCUUUUGUUGAGAGAUUAAGUUUUAUAUAAAAAGAAAGGGGGGAAACUAUUUUAUUUUUCAAAGUUAGCAUUUCAGCACUAUAUAGCCUAGGGAUUUUACUUGGCAUUUAAUAGCAAGAAUUUAUGUACUUUAGAAUCUGUUUUACAUUUUUUUUUAUUUGAGCCUCUCAAAAAAAAUUCUGCAAAAAGAGGUGCUUGCCAGUUUGUUUGUAUUUUUUUUCUUUCUUUUUUUCCCCUCUCUCUCCUUUUCUUUUGCAACCUGUUGCUCACUUUUGUUUGCAGACUGGCAGCUGAAGGAGGGUUAAGACAAGUAAUCAGUUCCAGGACAGCACCUUAUUGCUGAAUAUACACAGAGGAAGGACUUUGCAUUUUGAAUAUUUUUUUGUUGUUGUUGCAAUUUCUGUCAGUUUUAGACUUUUGAGAAAUCCCAUUUUUGUUCUGCAAGAAAGAGGGUUUACCUUUCUGAUUCUUGUCUCUUUUUUUGGAUCAGCCACUAGGGAUACAAUUUUUGUCCAAUUUCAGCUGAUUUUGAUUAUUCUAGGGGAAGUGUUUUGGAGCAGUUUGCCCCCUUCUUCUCCUGUACUGUGUAAAGUUUUUUGGAGAUGUCCCUGUCUGCCUGCCUCCUCCUGACCCUGUGCCUGGGGGUCUGUCAGUGUCUGGGGUCCCAUGUGCACUGUGAGCCCUGUGAUGAGAAGGCCAUGUCUAUGUGCCCCCCUGCCCCAGUGGACUGUGAGCUGGUGAAGGAGCCAGGCUGUGGCUGCUGUAUGACUUGUGCCCUGGCAGAGGGGCAGUCCUGUGGGGUCUACACUGAGAGAUGUGCUGGGGGUCUGCGGUGCCUCCCCAAACAGGGAGAGGAGAAACCCCUGCAUGCCCUGCUCCAUGGUCGGGGGGUCUGUCUCAACGAGAAGAGCUACAAAGACAAAGUCAAAAUAGGUAGGUACCUAAAAUCUGGCUCAUUUGUAUCAGGGUGGGUUUUUUUCGGGGCAUUUCUAUCAUUUGUUCAACAGUUGUUUUCAUUAGAUGGGGUGGGAGACCUCAGCUGCUGCAGAACCACUUGGACAGCAGCUUUUAAACAGAAUGUAAAAUCCUAUUGCUUUGCCAAGAUGUUCUGCAGCAGCCAGCAAGGAUGGCUGUCACGUGACCCAGCUUCUUUGUAUCCCCAGGGCAGCCUUCACUCUCAGAUUUAUACACCAUGUGAGUUCAUUAAUGGGAGUUAGAUACAGAGAGCAUCAGGGUUGCAUCAGCUCAGUCAAGUAUCAGAUUACCAUUCUGUCUCUCAAAGAGUUAACUCCAGACUAAUGUUAUUAAUGCACAGCGUUUGCAACAUUGUUACUAUGUCAGCCUGCUACAUCGAAUUGUGUUUGGAAUAAGUGACAAAAGAGUAUGCCUGCCUGGACAAUGCACGAAAGGGUUAACAGAAUGUGAUGUGUGUCCCCCUCUCUGGGCAGGAAACUGUCCCAUUAUUGGAAAAGGAACCUGGAUCCUGCUCAGGUCAGCAUGAGGUGACAAAAGGUCACUUAAGAAUGAUGCAACCUAUUGUCUGCUGAUCUCUGAGCUGCAGGGUGCCUGACAUUAACCCUUUAAGGACCUGCUCACCUAACCUGCUUUCAGAAUGUCGUUAUGCAAUAGUUAACCCCUCCAGGGCUGAUAACAUGUGGUGAUGGGGAUGUGUCUAGUCUUGGUCUUUUAGGGAUUGAAGAAAUGCCCAAACUGGUGGUUAUCUUUGUUUUACUGUCCAAAUUGCACAUAUGUAUUGACUUAAUUUAUAAUGCUGUAUUCUACAUUUUUGUGGGAAGAAUGAAUUGCAGUAAAAAAAUAAUAAAAAAAAAUUAUAUAUAUAAACACUUUCAAACAUACACUGAAUGUAUUCAUUAGUAUUGAAGAGUUAAGAUAAAUGAAACUAUUGUUUAUAUGAAAGGCGCCAACAUAUUCUGUAGUGUUGUACAACAGUGUCGCAAUGCCGAUUUAGUUGCUCCAGAAAGGUUCCCAUAGAUUGUGUUACAUCACCAGUUCUGCGCUGUGUCUCGGACACCUGCAAAUUUCUCAUUCUGUCCCCUGUUUUCACUCCAAUAUUUAACUUAAAACAGCCUAGAACCGGCUGCGUUUCCUGGCCCACAUGUUUUUGGACUAACCGCUCUCCAAAGAAAUAACAUUUAACUGCCAGAGCAGACAUUGCUCCGUCCCCCAUUGUUGGAAACCACAGGGUUAAACGCAGCACUCCCCCCUGUUACUUUUAUGACAAAUUUCUCCCCCUCUUACUGUUUCUAAUUAAAUUCCUCUGUGUUCGGAUUAACCCUUCAACCCUUGGUGGUGACAUUAAUUACAUUCCUCUGUGCUUUGGUUAACCCUUUAAGUAUAUUUGUGACUCGUGUAUACUCUGUGCCUGUUGGUAAGCUGGGCUUCGGCCAACAAAGUGUUAAACACCGCCACAUUCCAGGUUUUACUGCGAGCGAGCGCCUUCACAAUUUCUCUGGAUUUAACCUUUAGGUGGAUGUAAAGUACAAACCUAGUGAGAUAUCAGCGAUACUGUGAACGAGCAGUGACCGAGCCGUGAAUUACUUUGUAUUUAUAAAGCUCCAUUUACUAACACUCACAUAUUUAAUAUAUUUAACCCAUGGUCACGUUGGCAAUGGCUGCUACCCUAGCCGUAGGAUCUCAAAUCGCCUCGUACCGCUGAUGGUAAACUAGAGAGCUGUAGCUAUUCUGCUUCUCAAAACAUUCAGUAACUGGUUAAAUUACCCAUAAAAGUCCUAGAAGUCUCCAGGUUCUUGGCACUCCUCAUUCUGCUGAGAGUGUGUCGCUCAAAGCUUUGUCUUUUUAGAAAUUUCUUGCCGAAGAAACAUGCCCCUUUACCCUUUCUGCUACAGGCGGGACGUGCAGUACUAAAGCUUUGGCAUUCUAAUACACAUGCCCGUGGCACGCAGAUGGUUAACACACCGCCACACCCCCUUCAACGACAGCGCUGCCUUUGGCAUGUACGCUCUUUAGAUAUUUAUUUACUUAUUUGCAAGCUGACUGAUUACGUUACAGCUGGUAAGAUUCAUAAAAAUGCUACAUAUAAUAACUAACCCGAACACAAGUUGUUCUUCUUCGAAUUCUCCCACCCCCUCCCCCAAAUAUUUAUUUUUAGCUAUUAAAACAAGGGAUGAGAGGAUAAAACGUUGAGCGAUCAGCAUGAAAAUUCCAUUUGUUUCCAUGGUGACUGCUCCACAUUUAGUAGAUUGCUCCAGAAGGGCUGCUUAGGAUGUCUGGCCCGUUGAGUUAAUGCUUAGUUUGUCCCUCUACGUUCUGGGAUAUAUAGAACGAGGCAGCAGAUUGGGAAUGGAGAGCAUUGUGUAGACACAUAUGCCUUAGAUUAAAUGAUGAUUUCAUUUCUGCUUGUAUACUUUAUAUUUAUUUGGCAAACAUUUUAAAAAUGCAUGGCUUAGCAUCGUAAUCAGGGAACACGCCUGCUACUGGGGGUACCACCACCACUCCCAAAAGGUUCAGCCAGCUGCAAAGCACAAACCUAAUGUAACAAUAUUCAUCAUUGUUUUACCCAUGGAAACUGUUUACUCAGCUCUCCCCAAAAAAAUACAGUGAAAAGGGGUUAUAGGUGUACAUAUUAGGGAUUGCAAUCACAUCUGGGCAAAAAAUAUUUUUAGUAAGGUUGCAGUACUUUUUAUAACCUUUUCAGUUGGCGGGGGCGCUGUGUGUCUUGCACUUGCACUUGUUUUUUUUUUGUUUUUUUUUUUUUUAUUUAUUUUUAAGAAAAUAGAGAACAAAUUAAUUUGUAUUUUUUAUUUUUAAAGGCAAUGAUGACAAACACUGCCCCCACGUGAAAUAUUUGGGCUGUUGAGUGAAAAUAAUGUGUUUUUAAGAAUAUAUAAAUCCAUCCCAGGAGCAUGUUUUAUUGAUUGUGAAGAUUUGUCGUGUGUGUGUAUAUCUCUACAUGGAAUCCAUAAGCACAAUUGGGGUUUAUUCACUAAACUGAGUAUUGACAAAGGAUUGCAGUCCGAGAUCAAAAUAAACAAACUGAAAAUAUUCUUCUGUUUAACUAUUUUCCAUUUUGGAUCUUUUGGGCCCUACAUGUUUUGAUUCUGUUAUCGAUUCCCAGUUUCGUAAGACUAUAUUAAUAAAUAAUAUCUAAUUGGUCAUUUUACAUACGUAAUGUAUACUGUAGUUGAGCUGCACUCAUACUCAGAUGAUUUAUAUCCAUCCAUAGUAUUUCCACAGAUGUCUCUGGUCAUCCCUUUAAGGACCCAUCCUGCUAGCCUCAUGUAGAUCGCACAGAUCCAGACUUUGUUGGGAAUUUGGAUGACUUACUGGUUCUGAAAGGGUUAAUCUGUUGCUCAGUCCACAGAUCCAUUAUUCCUGGCAAACUGCCUCACAGCGAGUGCUGUGAUUCUGACAAGGCAUGGCUGGCACAGACUUGGUUAUGUAACACGCACCGUUAAAAAAAAAAAAGAAAUUUAGCCAGGCCGGAAUUAUGGAUCUUCAAUAUCUGAUCUCAGCCCUAGUCACCAUGUACUCCGCUGGGUAGCUAACCUUGCACCCUGAUGUUUGUUAAUGUACAUAUUUCCCUUGAUAACCAGAACAAUUCUCAUAAUGCCUUUAACCCCUUAAGGACCAAACUUCUGGAAUAAAAGGGAAUCAUGAUGUGUCACACAUGUCAUGUGUCCUUAAGGGGUUAAAUGCCCCUUUCCUCCUUAAUAGUGACCCUCGUCUAAUCAUAAAGUGGGCUUCAAUAAGACCAUCUUUGUCUACCUCCCAUCUAUAAAGAUCAGAAUCGAAGAGAUUUACUUUAAAUUAAGUGGCUCUUAUAAUUGUAGUUUUAGACGUGAGUUCUCUUUCUUGAUAUUCUUUCUGAUCACUGAUUAAGUUUAUUAUAAUACAUUAUUAUCCCAGUUUUUAUUAAAGGAACACAAUAGGGGGAGCAACACAAACAUGUAUUUCUUGCCCCCUGCCCACCCCCCUAAAUAUAGUAGAAUAUUACCUUUAAUUCAGUCUGCUGCUGUUGGCACUGCCCCUGAUCUGCCUGCUUGACUGACAUCAUCAGAAGUGGUGAUCACAAUGUUUUCACAUAGGAAAGCAUUGGAUUGGCUGAGACCAUGAAGGCGGCAGAUCAGGGGCAGAGCCAGCACAGGCCAAAUGCCAAAAGUCAGCAUCUCCUCAUAGAGCUGAAUUGAAUCAAUGAAUCUCUAUGAGGAAAGUUCAGUGUCUGCAUGCAGAGGAUGGAGAUGCUGAAUGUCAGUCACACUGUGCAUCACUGCGCCCGGAAGCCCCUCUAGCAGCCAUCUAAGGAGUGGCCGGUGGAGGUAUCCCUAGGCUGUAAUGUAAACAUUGCAUUGUCUCUGCAAAAACAGUGUUCACUGCAAAAAGUCUGAAGGGAAUGAUUAUACUCACCAAAAUAAAUGCAAUAAUCUGUAGUUGUUCUGGUGACUAUAGUACUGCAUGUUCAGCGUCUCUACAGCCUUCAUGGAGAUGCUAAACUUUAUUCUUUGCAUUCUUUGAUUCAAUGCAUCUUUAUGAGGAGAUGCUGAUUGGCCAGGGCUGUGUUUUGUUCCAUGCCACACCUUGCCACGCCUUCAUGGAGGCAGGUAGGACCAGUGUGGCACUGGAAUAAAGGUAGGGUUUAACAACUUUUAAGGGGGAGGGGGAGAGAUGGGAGGCUGGGUUCUAAACUGCAUAUUUAACACUAUAGAGUCAGGAAUACAGAUUUGUAUUCCUGACUCUAUAUAGUGUUCCUUCAAGAUGGUCUAAGGAUGGGGCGGCACAGCUGACCAGCUCUAAGCUAGGAACUAUAGGAGAUACGUUGUCUUUUUUUGGUCCAACAGUAAAAUGAAAAUGUCCCUAAAUCUUUAAUUUAGUUACGUGGUCAGCAUAAUGUACGCAUAGAGUGUUACUGCUACCUAUAAAGUGUCACCCAGCCUUAUCUUCAUGGCAGGUACCGUUUAAAUCUGCAUACUUUUUAUUUUUUGUGUGCGUUCAAAUCCUGUAGGUACAUUAAAGGGACACUAUAGGCACCCAGCCCAGUGCAGCGCAUUGAAGUGUUCUGGGUGCAGUGUCAUUUUACCCCAGCAAUGGUAAUUAUUGUAGUUAUUGUGAAAGUGCAAUAAUUGCCUUGCAGGGUAAACUUUACCUUUACUGUUUACUUUGGGUCGCCUAACUGAUGCUGGAGGUCCUCGCUCUCUUAGCGUCGGCUAAUAGCCUGUAGGAAAGCAUUGAUACAUAGUUUUCCUAUGGGGUUGUCCUAAUGCGAGGGCUGCGUUUACUGCACUUGAGCAUUAGGUCCCCAGCGUUGGGGGAGGAGCAGAGGCAUAGCCUGAAUCAGCGCCGAGGGACACUAGGUAAGUAAAUCAAGUAAAUUAAUUUACUUACCUGAUGUCCCUCGGCACUAAUUCAGGUAAGUAAAUUAAGGGUUCUUAACUCUUUCUGCCCCAUGGGGGCAAUAAACGUUCUUUAUUGCACAUUCUAUUUAAUUUAUAAUAUAUUAUCUCCUGCUUUGUUAAUAUCCUCUUAGACCAGGGAUAGGAAACCUUCGGCACUCCAUGUUGUGGACUACAUCUCCCAUAAUGCUCUUACACCCAUAAUGCUGGCAAAGCACCACGGGAGGUGUAGUCCAAGACAUCUGGAGUGCCAAAGGUUGCCUAUGCCUGUCCGAGACUCCUGUGUGUAAUUAAAGUUAAAUCUACAGAACGGGAGAUAAAGCUUCUAAAGCAAGUUAACAUCUGAUUGAAAAUGAAACCAGAGCAAGUAAACAAGGGCUGCAUAAACCAAGUGAUUUACCUUCUAAAUGGCAGAGAAUUCAGCAGUGAGCCUGCAUUAUCUAUACACCAAGACUGCUUUAUUAAGCUAAAGUUGUUUUGUGACUAUAGCGUCCCUUUAAAUUUUAAAUUCUCUAUGAAUUUGUGACACUUCUUACUUUAGUGAAAAACCCAGCUAGUGUUUCAGGGACAAAUAAAUUCACUGAUUAGUAAAUAAAGCCAAAGUAUCAAUAUUAAACAACUGCCAAAGGCAACACAUUCAAUAGAAACAUUACAAGGCUUGUGAACAAGACACGUGGAGCGCGGGUGAAUCGUAAUAGAGUUUAAUAAGACCUUUCCAAAUUAGCGAUUGGGCCAGGUUGACUAGUUUAGCUUCAGUUUGGCAUUUAACGUAUUAAAUUGCUGCAUCUUUACACCGCCAAUGGUAUUAAGCUAUAGCUGGAUUUCUGAAUUUUUACAAAUUUAAAUUUCGCUGUUCAAUUUUUACUUGACUACAAUUUACUUUUUAGUGAAUAAACCUUAUAGCUCAGUGUGUGGGCCGAGCUUUUGGCCAUUAGUUGUAUCUACUUAACCCUGUUCCUAAAAGGCCCAAAGCUCACCCUGCGCUGUGAUUUGCAGAGGAGAUUCUAAUACUGGGUCGGCCGAUUGGAUGUUCCUUUACUAAAUGCUGCGGUUGUAGGGAAGGUGAGGUCCAGUGACUGAGUUUGGAGAAUGUGUGGACAAUUUUCACAAUUUACUCAAUCAUGACCACGUGGGCGAUCAUUCGGUUACUUUGUUAUAUGUUUAUUGAUUCUCACGUCUAAAAUAAACCACAGGGAGAAAUGUUUUGGAAAGUGUCGGUGCUUUUUUUAGAAAAUAUUUCCUUUUGUAAAAAGUGGAGAUGCAGCUGUUUUAUGCUGACUCUGUCUCAGAGUGCUUGUAAAGGUGUGUGGUCGGGGUAGGGGGAGCAAAUUGCUGCCAUGAAAGAACAAAAAUGGUCCUGAGAUGAAUCUUUCACAGAAACUGUUUGUUCAACCCUCUGCUAUUAGAGAGAAAGUUAUAUUUUCAGCAUUUAGCUAGUGUUAAUUCUGAGGAAUGCAUGCCCACUAACUAACAUCAUGUAUUUAUUAAUGAAGGCAAAUUUCCAAACUGCCUCUAUUAGUCAAUAUGUUUUCCUUUUGCAGGAUAUGAAUUCUACAUACUGCAAGGAAGCACAUUUUCUGUCCUGCCCAACACAAUGAAGGUGUCAUAUGUAUGUUUGAAAACAUGGUGGGAUUGGAAAAACUAGCUGCGUGAGAUUAAAGGAAUACUUCAAGCGCCAUAACCACUUCAGCCCGAUGUAGUGGUUAUGGUACCAAGAGUUCCCUGGCGCCAUCCCACAGUAAGAUGUCAAACCAUUUUAACAUGGUUGGAUAUCAUACCUGGGUUCCACCAAGUGCCGGAGAAGCUGAAUUGUACUAUAAGGAAAAGCGUCGAGUGCAGAGCUGCACUCAUUGGCUGACAGCGAUCACAGGACAUCUCAGCAGGUGAUUGCAGUCCUGCUCUAAGCAAUGACUUCCUGCUGGAGAAGACCAGAUGUGGUGAACACUCAUGGCGGGACCCAGGUAAGUUGUCAAAAUGUGCGUCUGGUCACUUCUACCACCAUAACCACUACAGUAGACUGAAGUGGUUUUGGUGCUUACAGUUUUCCUAUCAAAUAAUAUCUAAAGGCUUAGUGCUUUGGCAGGGAUCUGAUGCCGAGAUUUUAAGUAGGUGAAGGUGCCUGGCAUGGGAUUUUGGUUCAUGUAGGAUGCCAAGUUUUUGACUUGGCCGUAUGGACAGAGCUCUACUUUCUGCAGCAGGACGCGGCAAGUCUAGCAGAGGAUGUGAUUUCACCAUCUGUAGACCUGGUGAGGGAAAUCGGGAGCAGAGGUGGUCAUUUUCUGGAAUUCCAGUCCCUGUUUUCCCCUCCAAGACACGGCUGCCGAAGGACCACAGGCAUGUUUUCCACAAUUAAUUUACCUGAGUUAAAGCAUAUGGUCCAGCCAGCCUUGUUUCAGAAAUAUUGGUAACAGGUGAUAACAUGUACUUUACUCGCUGCAAAUUAAAGGGCCAUGGUCACUGUCCUGAGAUUUAAUAUUGUGCUCACACACACCCAAUAUUUAGCAAAUCAAUGUGAUGGUGAAGUGUGAAAAAUAAAGCUAAAUGCAGAACCCUGUAAACUACAUUUCCCAUGAUGCUCAGUCAGCCUAAUGGCAAUGUCAAGGUUAGACAUCAUCUUCUUAGACAGGCAAUCUCGUCCUGAGCGGAAGCCACUUUUUAAACAGAUAGCUAGUCUGGAGAGGAGAUUUUACAAGUCCUGUCCUGCAAGACGGCCACCUGCGGGUUAGCCUUGCCCCUCAAAAUAAAUUGGAUUGUCAAUAACCCAAGUGUUGAAUGGUGCCUGGCGUUGAAAGGGUGUAAAGUGCAAGAGGUGGGGGGUGGGCCAGCAGGUGUGUGUGUAGAAUGGACAAUUGAAGAAAUGGGUUUAUUUGAAAAGGUCACUGGGGCACAAAUACAGAAAAGGUCAUGUUUCUCCAGCUGCUAUGCCUGGUGAAAUGGGGGCAUUCACCGCUGCUUGCAGGGAAUGUGCUGUUUGUUUUUUAUGCCCCUGACCCCAGCUCUCACAUGGGCUAUUUAAAAACCAGCCUGGUCCCACGGAAUAAAACGCUUUCAUUGCAAAGUGCUUCUGUCAAAGCUCACAGCAGCCUUGUCAUCUGCAGAAGAGAUUCACGAAAGGCAACUUUUAACCUCCACACUGUAUCUGGCCAAGCAACUUCUAAUGCCAGCUUCUAGUGGGCGGAAAAGCAAACUGCAAAAUUUGGCAAAACAUGCUGAUUUGGGGGGGGGAAAUUAUCCAAUCGGGUAUAGUCCCAGCUCCUGUAUUUUAGCCUAAAUGAUGAAAUUUGGUUUUAGUUCACUACAAUUUGAUGUUUAGUAAAUAAAGCACUUGGCGUUAGAGUGCUGCUAUAGUUCCUAAGAUUGCUUGAAUUUUCGAGACUUAGAAUUUUUUUUUAGCAUUAAACAUAAUGCACGUUUCUGUAGAAUCAGUCUUUGUCGGAUAAGAUCUAAAUAAAUGUUUCCAUCUGGGUAAAACCAAUAAAGAGAUCUAAACAAAAGAAAGACAGGGUAUGAUAUCUUAUGAGAGAAACAUAAUACAGUUCCUGACUCCGCCCCUUUCUUUGCUGGCGAUAUCGCAGUAUGUGUGUAUUGUUUUUUUUUUUCACUAAACAGUUGAGGUGAGUUUCUCUCAAAUGUGCAUAGAUGACUCAAAAUACCCUUUUAAUGAAUAAAAUUAAAUCCAAGACAAAUAAGAUGAAUUGACCCAAAAGCUUGCAGUUGACACUUGUUUGUUCUGUUUGCGGUUGUUACUGUUGUGUCAUGACCCAUUGUACAGUGCUACGGAAUCUGAUGGCGCUAUAUAAAUAAUAAAAUAAUAAUAAUACUAUUGUAAGGAAUUUGGGGCCAUCAAUAAAUGGUGAAAAUACCUGAUCUGUUCCUGUGCAGCACGAAGAGGUACCAGGCAUCAGAUAUGAUUUUAUAUCAUUAUACUUACAGAUACUGGUAACUAUUUAUCAAUCUAAUCGUGUAUUUAUUAUGUGAGAGUCCCUGCAUUCAAACACAGGUUCGUUAUAAACAAGGAAGAAAUUGUCUGGGUUUUUCCCUGGAGUAACAAUUUAACAGAUCUAUUGUUGUUUUCCAAUUACUCAAAAAAAUAUCGAUGGCCUUGUCACCCACGCACAGCUUUUCUGUUUAUCAAAACUGUAUAGCUUCACUCAUGUUUUUUGUUUUUUUGACGGGUCUAGCUUAUUUAGGCAUAUUUGAUUUGUAAUUUUGAGAUUAGUGCAUGUCUUUCUCUCCUUUCUAAGGCUCUCAGCGCCCCCAUAGAAGACAGGUUUAGUCUAGGAUAAAAACUAACCCUGUAUUUUUAGGCAUUAUAUAGAUAUAAUAUAUAGUCAAAAACUGAUAUUAAAAUUAUUUAAAUUAGGUUUUAAAAGAUAUUUUAAAAAGUAACUUUUCUGCAAAGUGUCUCUCAGUUCAUUGUCUAGUAGUGCAUGGGUGGGCAUUAUGGGAAAUGUAGUCCACAACAUCUGGAGUACCGAUGGUUGCCUACCCCUGCUGGGGCCAGCAGAUGCAAGCAGGCCCCUCCCACAUCAGGGUAAGAUGCUCCAAUCAUAACCGUGUCUCUGGUUAAUGGGGUCUGAUCUUAUCCCAUAAAGCCCUCUCCAGCAGAUGUUGGUCAAAAGCUGGUCAACUCCUCACAUAGGAUCAUUAGAACUGCUCAAUAAGCUGAUAGCAGUACUACCGGUGUAUACACAGACCAGCUCACUGUUUAAGGAGGAGAGAGCCGUCCCUUUAGUACAUUUUUAGAUUGUAAGCUCAUUUUGGCCGGUACAGAAUUGGCCCAGGCAGCCUGGAAUUGUUUCAUAUUUCCUGACUGACAGCCCUGUGUCAUGGUGGGGUGUUAUACAGCAACAGAUUUAUAUAAAAAUCGCCGCCGACGUGUGUAUGCCACUCUCAGUGUUGAGGGUUGUCUUAGACGUGCUCUAAGCACCGUACACUUUCCAGUCCUGGUAGUCAUACUGGCCGUAUAAUGGACUUGACUUAUGUGCAUGUGUGGAGUUCUAUACACAUACCUAUUCACUAAUCUCUCCCACACAGAGCUUUGUUUGCAUUAGAGCUGUCACAGGCUGUCUUUGACUUGUAAUAAGCCAUUUCACAGUUUACUUACGUCAGAAAAUAAAAACAAGCAGCCGGCUAGAAUGGAAUUUUUACAUUUUUCUUUUUUGCUUUUUGGUGGUUGAAAUGUAGUUGGUGUUUUAUUGGGUCCCUUUAAUCGACAACCAUCACUACAUACACUAUAAGAGUUUUUGUAUACUGAAGUAUAAAAUGUAGAUUUUAGAAAGAUGUGCAUUCUCGGUAUUUGUGACAGCUGUGGCAUGUUCACCUCUCCGCUGCCAUAGCUGGUGACAGUGUCCGUUGGCCCUGUUCCUCGUCAGCCUGGCCCCUCUCCCGAACACUGAAUGGUUAAUGGCUUCAAGGGGAAUCUUCGAAAUGUUUCCAAAUCGAGAACAAAACUAAUCCCACAUCCUAACUUUAAUUCAGUGUAGCGAACAAGCCAGGAAGGAAUUCAUUUUAAAAUUGCUUGUACACGGGUAAUGUGUUUACAGCCAGGGGGGUUGGGAAGGAUUGACUUGGGGGGGGGGGUGCGGGGCUGGAAAAAAUUGCAAGGAGCUGGUAUUAAUUUGGAUAAAAGGAGGGUGUAUUCAUGGUAGCCAGAGGAGAUUUCUUAUGAUGGUUUACUCUUUACUAUUGCGCACCUCAGCGCUGAAAGCAAGUCUGAGGACAGAGCCCUAAAACUGAACAUUCCACUGGUCGCCCUAGUAAUUGAAAACCUUUUAGAAUGUUGUCCCAGAAGUGUACUUUCUACAGAAUUCCCGAUAUGUUCCAUUUCAAUAUUCAUUCCCUUGUAACAAAAAGAUACAGUUGUGUUAGUUGGAAUGUUAGGGCAACAGGAUUGGCUGGUAGUUGGCUGAUAACACGUUUUAUUAAAUUAGUGUUAAACUAUGUAAACCUUUGUAAAUGUAGAGCAUUCUUGGCAUACAUGUACAGUGUCACACAGAUACCUUGCUCAGUAUUUCAUCAUUGCAAAUAAAGGAGUCCCAUUGACCCCUGUACAAUAUAGGCCCGGAGCAGCACAGAAUGAGUAAUGCAGAGAAAUACACUUUUGUAAAAGCAGAUAAUGUUUUUCUCUGCAUUAAUUAAUGUCCUGCCAAUUGUUGAAAUUAAAGAAAUGUUGUUUUUAUUUGUUUUACUUUUGCUGUUUUUAUUUACUUUUUAUGUUUCUUUUGUUUGUUAAUAGCCUUGUGUGUGUUGCUCUUUCCCAUGAUCCUCUACGAAAUGCACUGUAGCUGUUCUGGUGACUUGAAAAUUCACUUUGGACAAAGGCCAGGUUCCCUGGGAACAGGGGCUACUGUAUCAGAAAUGACUUAUCCUGGAAUCAAUGGCAGAUUGAACUAGCCAAGGUCAGGACCCCUGCUCUCAGCCAUUCUGCAUUAGCCACACUCUUGGCUACUUUACUAAUGCUGCCCUUUGACCCCACUCAGAACAGUUAAUUAACUCCCAUCCAGCUGCUUUAAGUGUGAUCUUUCUGCAGGAACUCGGGUUAAAACCCAGGUCUGCAAUAACGUGAACGCAAUGUGCUUCGGUAAUGGAGUCAUUUUCUAAAAUGAGAAUGGUGUAGUUAUUAAAGUGAGCUGAUAAACACUUGUAGCAGCCAGCCCCUGUGACAGAGCAUAGAAAUAGUGUGUUCCGUGAGCAGUAGUUGGCUGAGAUUUGUGGGACUGAGUGCAAUCAUGGCUGUUGGGAUGUUCUGAUCAAUGCUUUGUUAUGAUUGCAAACAGUACAGUAGAUGGCACAAUAUUUGUACAAAUAGAAUUCAACAGGGAUUGUUUUACUUAUUUGGGAGGGGUGUAUUUUACAGCUGGCAUUGGAACAAUGUUACAUUUCCUUUCUCCUGAAAAGAAUUAAAAUGGAUACACUCUCAGCAGCCAAUCAGCCUAUGGAGGACAGUUGCAUGCUGGGAGAUAUGUUCUAAAAUAAUGUCUCCCAACACGUGGAGAUAGGUAUUGAGGACAGGAGUGAUGGAGCAAGCGCCGGGGAGUGUCAUUUAUCGAAUGCACUUCACAGGCACACCCAGACAAGGGACACACGGCACAGCCAUACGUGCACAGCAGAAAUGGCGUUGUACUGUGCUGUUCAGGGAGGUUUAUCUAUGGUCAGACUGUGCUAGAUUAAAGGACCACUAAAAUCACCCCGACCACUCUUAUCUCAAUGCAGUUGUCUUGUCCGUUUAAUCCGUCACGGUAAAACAUUGCCGUUUUGCAGAAAUGGCAGUUUGUACCUUGAAGGGUUAAACACACCUCCAGCGGCUGUUAAGCUGACAGAGUAAAACUUGGCCAUGUGAUGCGACGCUUGCCACUAACGCACAUCACGUCCUCCAUGAGAAGCAGUGGACCACGACAUCGCAGGAGGAGGCGAUGUUAGCAGUGCCGAGGGGGCUUCUGCGCUGGGAAAAGGUGAGUAAAAAGCCUAAUUUUAUUAUUUUUAUGGAACACACAGGGGGCUUCUAGCUAACAAGGGGCCAUGACACUAGGUGUAAGGAAUACCGGUUUGUGUUUCUUUUAACAAACCUGGUUUGACAGAACACAGAGACUCUUUGCACCAUAACCAUUGCUAUAAGAUGUUUGCUUGUUUUGUUGUGUGUUAAGUGAAAAGUUUGCUAUGAGUAGAAGCUGGAAACAUGACAAGUUUAGUGGGGAGAGGGAUACCAAUCACAGAACAGGCAAUGUUGGAACCGACUCUGCCUGUGUUAGUGGCCCUGACUAUCAGCAAAUCGGUACAGCGGGAGUUCUGACCUAACCUAGAGAUCCGCUCACUGCCAAGGAAAAUAGGUGGGAGAGCCUCCGAUAAAAGGGCAGCAGAACAUGUUUAAUGCACUUGGAUUAUCCUCAAACAGAAAUAGGUCCAGGAGCAAUGUUGCCACAGUCAGAGUAACAGUAGUGAUGUCCCCAGAUAGCCUCCCUGUAUAAACCCUUUCAGGCGUGCCACACAGCGAUGUGACUUAACCAUUUCACGGCUGUGGAAUACAAAUUGUAUGUAAAAUGUAUCUGUUCUUGGCAGCAUUAUGAAUAGAUUAAAUUGAGCAUUACUGAAGGUAAACGAUACAUGCAAAUAUCAUGUUGUUGAAGAUUCAAUAGCCAGAUUUUGUGUAACGGUUUGUCAAUUGCUUUGUACAGUGCUGCGGAACAUGUUGGUGUGUUUUUAAGUGGUAACAGUAACUGUCCUGUUUAUUAUCAUUAUUAUUUAUAUAGCGCCAGCAAAUUCCGUAGUGCUGUACAAUGGGUGGACUAACAGACACGUAAUUGUAACCAAACAAAUGGACACACAGUAACAGAGGGAUUGAGGGCCUGCUCAGUGAGUUUACAUGUUAGAGGGAGUGGGGUAUAGUGACACAGUAACAGAGGGAUUGAGGGCCUGCUCAGUGAGUUUACAUGUUAGAGGGAGUGGGGUAUAGUGACACAGUAACAGAGGGAUUGAGGGCCUGCUCAGUGAGUUUACAUGUUAGAGGGAGUGGGGUAUAGUGACACAGUAACAGAGGGAUUGAGGGCCCUGCUCAGUGAGUUUACAUGUUAGAGGGAGUGGGGUAUAGUGACACAGUAACAGAGGGAUUGAGGGCCUGCUCAGUGAGUUUACAUGUUAGAGGGAGUGGGGUAUAGUGACACAGUAACAGAGGGAUUGAGGGCCUGCUCAGUGAGUUUACAUGUUAGAGGGAGUGGGGUAUAGUGACACAGUAACAGAGGGUUGAGGGCCUGCUCAGUGAGUUUACAUGUUAGAGGGAGUGGGGUAUAGUGACACAGUAACAGAGGGAUUGAGGGCCCUGCUCAGUGAGUUUACAUGUUAGAGGGAGUGGGGUAUAGUGACACAGUAACAGAGGGAUUGAGGGCCUGCUCAAUGAGUUUACAAGCUAGAGGGAGUGGGGUAUAGUGACACAAAAGGUAGGGGUAAUGAAAUAGGUUGCAAUAAAAGUAUUCACUGAGAACUUAGUAGGUUAUUUUUGACAGUUGCAGGAGAGGAGUCAUGGGGAGGUGAGGGGAGGGAUGAAAACCCGCUAACAGUUUAAAUGUUUACACAGCUUUCUGACUAUUACUGAUUAUUUGUGAACAGUCUAAUUUCUCAGACAGAGGGGAUUACACUGGGGUAUAAUUACUUAAUUUAAUCCACAGGAACAGUGUGUUGGUUACCAUGGUGAACGCGACACAUUUAGCCCUAUGCAUUAAUUGUAUGUAAUUAAUAGGUAGCUUAAUGAGUUUGGCCAAAAUAGUAAAACUGUAAAUUCCCAACAAUAACCAUUUGAGUGAAUUCCGCUAGAAAGAAUAAAUAUCAAAGGAUUAAAUACGUGUUGGUUGUGAACAUAAAGCAAUGCUUUUCGACCCUAAUCCUCCCCCACUAACUAAUAAUAUGCAUAAGCUCUGAUGGCUGUAAUUGAUAUAUUAUAAUUAUAUGAAUAAUAGACUUGCAAAAGCUUCUUUAAAAGUGACUUGCAAAACUCUUUAGGUCUCUUUAUAGACACUGUCCCUUCUCUCAUUGAGUAAAAUGACAGAUCGGAAAAUAAGAAUUCCCAUACACAACAGGUUAAUAAGAGAAUAUGUGACGGUUCUGAGGAAUGGAGAUACAGCUCCCCCUGCUGGCCUUGAAUAUUUUUGCAGUGUAAUAUACUAAGUGUCUCUAUAAGAUGGUGCUUGUCAAAUCUGGAUCUGCAGCUCCCCGUAACCCUGUAUUGCUUGUUACAUUAUGUAACAGGCUGACUUAAUGUAAUAUAAACAGAAGUCAUAAGAACACAUUUUAUUUAACACCUGAGCCAAUUGAUGCCAUCUGGCUGGAGAUUUGGCACUCAUGCAGCAGUUUUACCCACUAACCAGUGAGCUCACAAUCAACAACAUAUUUUUGCCUAAAUUGUGCAUAUUGAUUUGUAAUUAAUUCAACGUAUAAAGCCUUGGAGAUUGCCUUCUACCUAAUGUCCCGAGGGGGUGAGAGGUGCUGUCACUAAAUACAAAUAAAAUAUAGAGUAUAACCUGCAUUCUCCGUCCUCACACUCAGACACCCAUACACUCUUGCUUCUCUUGUCAUAUCUUUCUUGCCAAUAUAUAUUUGCUUUAUUCUCCUGUCAUUGCACAGGGUGAGCAUUGCUGAUCCCAUAUGGACUUUAGGACGGUAGGGCACAAGGCAUUUGGGGCCAGUGAAACCUUUGUUUUGUUAAACAGCUUGCAAAGAUUUUGACAAAAAAAUGCAUUAAUCUGUAAUAAUAUGACAUGAUAAGCUGUUAUACAAUAAGCUGUAAUAAUACGGUAAGCUGUUAUAAUACAAUAAACUGGAAUAAUACAAUAUACUGUAAUGGCACGAUAAGCUGUUAUAAUACAACAAGCUGUAGUAAUGCAAUAUGCUGUAAUGGUACGAUAAGCUGUUAUAAUACAACAAGCUGUAGUAAUGCAAUAUGCUGUAAUGGUACGAUAAGCUGUUAUAAUACAAUAAACUGGAAUAAUACAAUAUGCUGUAAUGGCACGAUAAGCUGUUAUAAUACAACAAGCUGUAGUAAUGCAAUAUGCUGUAAUGGUACGAUAAGCUGUUAUAAUACAACAAGCUGUAGUAAUGCAAUAUGCUGUAAUGGUACGAUAAGCUGUUAUAAUACAAUAAACUGGAAUAAUACAAUAUGCUGUAAUGAAAUGGUAAGCUGUUAUAAUACAACAAGUUGUAGUAAUACAAUAUGCUGCAAUGAUACGAUAAGCUGUUAUAAUACAACAAGCUGUAGUAAUGCAAUAUGCUGUAAUGGUACGAUAAGCUCUUAUAAUACACCAAGCUGUAGUAAUGCAAUAUGCUGUAAUGGUACGACAAGCUGUUAUAAUACAACAAGCUGUAGUAAUGUAAUAUGCUGUAAUGGAAUGAUAAGCUGUUAUAAUACAACAAGCUGUAGUAAGGCAAUAUGCUGUAAUGGUACAAUAAGCUGUUAUAAUACAACAAGCUGUAGUAAUGCAAUAUGCUGUAAUGGUACAAUAAGCUGUUAUAAUACAACAAGCUGUAGUAAUGCAAUAUGCUGUAAUGGUACGAUAAACUGUUAUAAUACAAAAAAACUGGAAUAAUACAAUAUGCUGCAGCAGUUAUGAUGCCUGGAGUUUCCAUUAAAACAUAUCAUAUCACAUGCAGACUAUAUCCCUGUCUCCCACCCUCCGUCACACCCCGAUGUGCUGUAAGAGGUCUCUACUUUGGAACAGUAUUGUAGAGCCCGUAUUUUCUGCCCCAUCACUAAUCUUUAUCUUUCGAUAUUAACUGUCCCAUACCAUAUCUGCAUAAUCAGUACCUGCCAUCGAUUGUUGCAGCAGUUUACUUGUAGCAGGAAGAUAUUUGCUGGAGUUUAUAAAGACUUGGCAGUGUCUUCCCAUUUUAAAAAGCCCAAUGUGCAGAAAAAUAAAGUUGGCUAUGUGAUGGCUUAUGGAAAGGGUGAUUCACUUAACCAAGUUGCUGCCAAUGUAGGGAGGGGGAGGUUCGUGGGGUAUAAAUCUAUUUCUUUCUUUUUUUGUUUGUGUGUGGUUUUUGUUUAGUUCAGUUACUUAAAUAAUUAGAAACGGGGGAUGUGCGCAAUAAGUUGGGGAGGUUUUGGAAUGUUUUACCAAACAGCAAACAGCAUGACAAUUUGUUGCUGAGUGAUAUUUUGGCAUUCCACCGACAGACAACAUAGUCCUUCUAGUAAUUUCCUAAAUGUUGUCUGCGUGAUGUGGCACUUUAUUUAACAUGUAAAGCAUUUGCCACAAUGUGAAACACUCCGGUAUUUGUUAGAUCUUGGUGACUCGCAAUAAGUUAAUGAAUGAUUUGUCUAUUGUUCCCAAUCAUCUGGACUUUAUUAAGACCUUUUUUUGCUUUUUUUUUUUUUUAAUCUAUUUCAUGCUUUGGAAGACCUUCAUGACUGGUGAGGGUGGUUUGUCUUUCAGUCCACGCUCUUCACCAUAUGAUUGUCUCACGUUUACAGUAUAUCAACCACUAAGAAUUUAUUCUCUUGCUUUUUAGAGAGAGAAUCGAGAGAGGAAGACCCAACCACAGCGGAGAUGACAGGUGAUAAUUAUCAAGAUAAACGUGGAAAGCUAGACCGUCUUUCGGAGCAGAAAGCAAUUGCGCUGAAUAAUUACAGAAACAAGAAGCAGAACCUUUACAGGGUGGUUUCUGUCGAGAACAAAGCCCAGCCACCGUCUACUCCAGAACACAGCACUGAGUCUGAAACGGUGAGUACCUGUAGCAUGCGACCUGUUCAAGCUGAACAGCCAAAUUGUGCUAAUCGGUGAAUCAGCUUUGAAGACCUUCAGUUUAAUGAGUCUGAUUGUUCCCUCAGGGACCCUGCCGCAGGCAAGUGGAAACUGUCAUGCAAGACAUGAAAGUGUCUCACAGGGUCUAUCCAAGAGCAUUUUAUCUGCCUAACUGUGACCGUAAGGGCUUCUUCAAAAGGAAACAGGUGAGCCAUUGUAUAUAUCGACUGAUUCAGACUUCAUUUUCAGGAUUUAUUUCAACACAGAUUAAACCCAGACUAAUCUAGACUUAAUAAGGAAAUGUCACCAUUGACUAGAUGAUUGUUGAGUUCUUCUCUAUCCCAGUAAAUGCGUUAGAAGUGACCCUGCUCAACAAGCCUACAAUGUAGAAGAAAAUUGAGUAAAAGCACACACAAAAAUAAAUAAAUAAAUAUAUAUAUCUCAGAGGGGCGGAGAGCCCUAUAGUAAUCAUGUCCGUGUCUUAUUAAGCUUGUACAAGGAAUAUUGCAUGCAAAAUAUGUUCUUUGUAUUUUUUGUUUUUUUAAAUUGUGUAUACAUAUUAGUAAAUACCUAGAUAUAAAUAGAUAGAUAGAUAAAAAUGUUCAGUACUUGUUCUUUGUUGGGAAGCACCACUUAUUAACCAAGACCAUACACCAUCUCAAACACUCAAGCCAUCCCAGAGCACAGUUUAUAGAUGAUUGCCAUUAGACUGUGACAUCGGGCUUGAUUAACCCACAUUAGCUAUUGGUUAACUACCGGUAUAUGGUUUUUGGUCAGGUAAACCCAAGUCACUUUGUUUCAAUUAAAUGGUCUGGGUGCAGAAGACCUUUAGUUUUUACCCUGCAAUCUAAAGCAUUGCCAUUUAGUAGAUUUAGUGUCUUCCUGACAGAUGAGUUCCUUCCCCUGUGAGAACAGAGUCAGACUAGAUUCUCCAGCAAAUGCUAUGGGCAUAGAUUUGCCGCGAAUGCACACUAGCCUCUUAAUAUUUCCCUUUGGGUUAAUAAUCUAACUAGGCACUAGGACUCUAUAGUGUUAGGAACACAUGUUCCUAUGGUGUCCCUUUGUAGAUGGCUGCCCCAAAGGAAAGAGGGGUAAACGACGAUCCAUUGAAAAAUAUUUAUUUCUAGGUAUGCAUUACAAAUAUAAUAUGUGUAAUAUUUUAUUUUUAAAUAAAUAUGAUGAGUUGCCCUUUACCUACAUAGUAAUAGUUCCUACUUAUUUUUCCCCCCAAUGAUUUAGUCUCACUUUUGGUUUUCUGUCGACAGUGCAAACCUUCCAGAGGUCGCAAGAGGGGAAUUUGCUGGUGCGUUGACAAGUAUGGUUUGAAGCUUCCUGGUAGUGACUAUGCAGCCGGCGAUCUUCAAUGUCACAGUUUUGACAGCAGCAACAUUGAAUGAUUCUCCAGUAUUGACGCCUGCUAAGGCUCACCGUGAUCACUUUUUAAAAAAAAUUUUUUGAAAGGGGCGGAUAUCCAGAGUGAUACUUUCUUUUUUUUGUUAAUUUGUCUUUUUCUCAUCUCAUCGGCAACACCGAACGUUUUUUUUUCUUUUCAACACCUUCAGUUGGAAAACGAAACAAAAAAGACAAAGAAAUACCAACCAAAAAAGGGAAACCGUUAUUUAAAGAAAGAAAAAAAACAAAAAAUCGUGAAUUUUGGGGGUGACACAAAAAAGUGUAUUAUGCUUUUUUGAGGGGAAAAAGGAGCCAUGGAGAAGUUCUCUCGAUAAAAGUACUGUUGCAUUAUUUUAUUUUUCUCCUAAAGCCAAUAAGCUGGUCUAAGUUCCUGUUCAACUAUUGAUGCUUGAUGAAGGCAUAGAGUGUCGGUCAUUUUAAUUUGUUUGGUUUUAGGAAUAAGCAACCCAGUAUUUGUUGGUUUUAUUCCAAAAAGAGAGCGGAAAAAAACCCUGAAAUGUCAGAACCAUUAUUAAAAGUUUAAUUGAUUCCCUCUAGGUCCCAAUGAGUUUAUAAAAGUUACAAAGUUAAUUAUACAGAGACAUAAUUAACUCAAUCUGCAUAAGAUUUGCUUGUGAAUAUCUGCAUUCACUCCUUCACAGUGACUAAAAUAAUUUGAGAAAGAGGAAUUUUUGCUUUGGGGGGGGAGGGCAGGGCAGAGCUGUGUUUGUAAAUACCUGAGCCCCGAAGCACAAAUAAUACACCUAAUUCGCCUUUUUCUCCAAUACAAAGUUAUAAUAUCAAUGACUGUAAUGGAGGAGGUAAAAUAUGGGUGGCUAACAUUUAGUCAGGCCUUUUUGCCUCCUAUAGCCCCCCAAAAAUAAGUGGUGCUCUAAGCAAAUGCCUAAUGUGCCUUAUUGUUAAUCAGGCACCAGGGGAAAAAAUCCUCCAUUAUUGUUCACUCCCUACAAAGUUAGGACGCAGGAUAUGUUAAUGUUUGCAUUCUUGCAUUUUUUGCCAGUGUCACAAGCGUCUUCCUAUUCAGCCAAUGAAUUUUGACGCCAAAUAUUAACCUUAACUUAACCGAUGAUAGAGCACUUUUUAAUAUUUUUCAGUAUGCUUUUUACCGGAGCAGUAAGCAGUUCCAUCUUAUUUGCUUUAAAAAAAAAAAGCUGUGAUGAAAUUUAUUUUUAUUUAUUUUAUUUUGUUUCAUUUUUUUUUUUUGUUUUUUUAUGCAAACCAUUAUAUUUACAAGCCUAAUUGUAUCUCUAUUGUAACAAUAGAGUGAUAUUUGUUAGAAGCCCUUUUGUGCUAGAAGGUCUUACAGUACAUUUCAUUUACCUGCUGAAAGUUAGGUGUCCCUAUUUUUAUCUUUUAUAAAUAUAAUUUAUUCACUGUUGAAGGAGGGUGUGACUCAUUGCAGAUUAUACAGGAUAUCCUGUUUUAAGAAAAAAAAUUGCUUCAAUUUAUUUUAAUUUAAAGAACAUUUUUGAAAAUGAUCUUUCAGCUUUGGCAACAAGGCACUAUGGUAAUUGGGUAAUCAUAGGGUAAUGCCCCCUUUUUUAUUGACUGUCGGUGCUGUGUUCUCUAUAUGACGUUUCAAUAGUUUGUUGAAAAAUAUAAGCUAUAACGAUAAGUUUCAAAUCGUUUUGUAUUUGGAAAUAAACAUGUUAAUCUCUUUUUUGCUUCCUGAGUUGGCGCCUGUUACAGAAAAAGGCGUUUUCAACUCUUCAGCAACAAGAGAUUAUACGACUCAAGCUUUUAAUGAAGACUUUAGAUACCACUUUGCUUAUAAGCCUUACAAAGCUAUGGGUCAGCUUUUUUUUUUUUCUUACCCAUGUUCAUCCUUAACUAAAUAUUUUCAUGUUAUUAUUGAGCGAAUGGAAAAUUCGUACUUGACAGUAAGUUGAGACGGACUAUUGCGCAGCACAGAUCAUUCAUCCAAGCUAAUGCACGGACCAUAGAUGGGGACUUACAGAGAGAAGACACAAAUUAUUUUCCGUGGAUAUUAAUGCUCUGCUUGAAUGGUGAAACAUUAAUGCAGUGGGAUAGGAUUGAUGCUUGAAAAUGUACCGCGGCAGCAGAUAUGUUCAGGGACAGGACUGGUGUACAUUGAUAAAGUGUCUCCAAUGUUUUAGGAGAGCAUGCCACUUUGUGCCACUUUCACCCACGUGUGGAUUUAAGACUACGUUUUGUCAUUGGGGUUGUUCACAAGUUAAAAUGGCAAACUGUAAUUUGAAAAUGUUUCAUUUUGUACUCUCUGAGUAACAGCACGCUGAUAAGUGGACUUUGCAAAAUGGGGCACUGCCACGUGGUAUCUACUUUCUAAGUGAAAUAAUCUUGGGGUGUUUUCCCCAUACUGCCAGCACAUAUAUAUUUUUUUUUUAAACUGCAAGAGAUGAUUCUGACAGCUGCACACACAUGAGAUUGUGAUGUUGAAUGUUUUAUAGACUUUUUUUUUAUUAUUAUUAUUAUUAUUAUUAUUGUUUUGCAUAUGGCAAGCGUAUGACCUACAUCACAGCUUGGUAUCUCUUUAUGGCAUUUCCGCUUGCUGUUUAUCCAUAAUCACAUAUAUAAAAGUGGGUCCUAUACCAGACUGGUUCAGCUCCAGUGAAACAUGCAUUUCGGAGCUGAAUGGUUUUUGUCCUUUAGGAAUCUAAAAGGUCAGCUUUUAAGAAGACCUGAUCUGUUUGCCCUGCGUGUAAUCGCCAAGUUUGCCUACUGUUUGUGAUUGUUAAAUUCAAGAAAAUGCUCACAGUAUGUAACAAGUUUGCAGUUUUUAAAUGCACAAGAUUUUGGACAUUCUUUUUUUUUUUUUUUAAACUAAGAACAAUGUUUAAAAAUGCCAUACAAGGUGGCUUUUAUUUGUGGAUUUCCAGCCUUGUUGACUUAAAGUCCCAUAAUCCAGGCUAAGUGCUUACAAAUUUGCUGGAAUUUGAAAUUCAAAAGCUGCUGGAGUACCACUGGUGGUAACCCUACGGCUGAGCAUAGUAGAGUCUGCAUAUAUUCAACAAAUAUCACCCAAAAACUGGCUGGCUGGUUAUAGUGGGUGUUGCAGUUUUCACAUCCUGUAUUUGCUUGCACUAGACAAUGACACCAUAAUCUUGAGAGGAAAAAAUUAUUUCCCAAGUUUGAUCACUUCGUAUAACCACUCUAUGAAUCACAAAUUGCUAAUAAUUACAAGUUUGUUAUGAACAGUUUUUACACAGCAAUGAUUUGUUAAAAGCACAUAUGUGUAUUGGGAACACAUUUGCCUAUUUAUUCAAGGACACCAUUGAAAAAAAGUAAUGUAUGUUUCAGAACUAUAUUCAUUAAAAUGCAACUUCAUGAAAUACAACUCUGAAAUAUGGAUUUCUUAAGGGUGUCCCUUAAUAACAAGGCAAAUAAAGUGGUCACCCAUGUGUUGUGCCUUAGUUAUCCCAUCCCUGCAAAAUGUUGUAUAAUUUAAUUAGGAUAUUGAUUUUCCCAAACACAAAGGUAGCACAUUGUUAUCAACACAUAACGCCCAAAAUCCUCCCAACAAAUAGACCCAAUAAAUAGCCCGUUGCCAACCAUAAAUGUAAAAUAACAAGAUUUGGGUUUUCUGAACAUAACAAAAACAACCGUAUGAAAGAGAAUUGUGGAAGUUUUAGUUAACCAGAUCCUGUAUUUAUACACAUUGGCUACUUACACUUUUUUUUUUUCUAGAAGCUUUAGUGCUAUGUAAACCAAACCAAAUAGCUCACUGAAACUUAUGCAAAAUAUUCUGUAGUUUCUGCUAUUUUAGACAAAAUCUUGUAAAUUAUUUGUCCACCCACCACAGCGCUCUCUUUAGUGAAUAUACUCCUAUAUAUUUUUUUAAUGUAUUAUUAUUUUUUAUUAUUAUUAUAUUUUGACAAACACACUUUUAAAAGACCUUAGGAGUUCUGAUAGUGAGUAAGCUAUUGUCAUGUCCUGUACACCAGCAGCCCAAAUCAUACUUGUCAAAAUCUCUGAAAUUGAGUGCAAACCACAAUUUAAUAUAAUUGACAGCGCAGGAAAAUGUAAUCAUUUUCAUAGAUUAAAAACGGAAUAACUGCAGCAUUUUUGCAUGGUCUUUUUGUAAUGCGUUUAUAGUUAUUAGGAGUUGUUAUAUAUUUUUACAUAUUGUGGUUUGAGCAGAUAAAUUAAAAUGAACGCAGUGGAAGGGUUUUUUUCUAAUGUCACGUUGAAGCUAAAAGAUUAGCACAUUCAGUUAUGAAAAAAACGAAAUGUCAGGUACCAUUUGUAAGCUGUUUGUAGCUUGAAAAAUAUUUUUUUCCAUUUUUAUUUAUUUAUUUUUUAUUUUAUUAUGAAACAAAAAAAAUGGUGUGCCUACAUUUUAGAGGGGGUUUACGUUUAACUUAUCAAAUUAAACUGUUUUCACACCAGUUUUUAUAUGCGUUCUAAAACAAAAUCUAGAUUGCAAGGGAAAAAAGUAAUGUGUUUGGCACCAAAACUGCUGCAGCGGUUAUGGUACUAGUGGCUACAAGUGCAAUCCCUCUGUUUUUUGUCAAAUUGUUUUCAAGCUGUUUGACAGAAUCAGGUGUUUUCCACUACAUCUAAACUGUCACACCGCUGCAUGAAAUGGUUCGACCAAAAUUGGAAGGAUUGCCCCUGUAGAAUUCUAGAAUCAAACCUAUAAUAAGCUGUAGUAGUUAUGGUGCGUAACAAGUCCCUUUAAUAUUGGGCAGGUACAGGUUAGGGUGUAAUGGGUACAUGAGCCGCAUGUAGAAAUGUGUUUUGUUUUGAGUUACAGAGAAUUUUUUUUUGUAUGUCAAAUCAGCUCAGAGAAGAGAUAGUAUGUAUCCUAAGAUUGGCCAAUUUGUGACUUUUACAUGACUACCGUCAGCUAGACUGUUUAAAGAAAAUAACAUUUCAGGUGCAGAUAACCAAAAAGAGUUCCAUCACCAUGCCCAUGAUAACAGCAAGUGCCGCUGUGCGAUUUGAGCAGCCAAUAUCAUUGUAACACAAAUCAACGUUGAAUGUAAAAAAUAUAUAUCUAUUUUGGCCAUAAGUCAUAAAUAGGAAGUGUACAGUAAGUAGCAAGAGUGUAGCAGAGUAUUAGAUAGGGAGUCUGUAUCAUAGUAUGUAAGAAAACUUGUGCAGGAUAACAAGGAAGUGAUCUGUGUUUUGUUUGCAUAGAAAAGCUAUGUGUCUACGUACGCACAUAGCAUUUACUUGCAGACUUGUGCAGUGUUUAAAAUAAGAAAAAAAUCUGAUUGCCGUUAUGCAGUCAAUAAGGAUUUUUUUUUUCCGUUUUGUGGCAUAAUUUGAAAUUCUAAAACGGGGUUAUUUGCCUUCUUUUGGAUCAACAGCAUAAAAUAAUGUGUUUUUUGGUUGAAUUUAAUGGACUUUAGUUUUAUUUUUCUGACCUAGACUACUAUGUAAAUAUAUAUAUAUUUACAUAUGUUUCGAUUUUUGAUUCCAUAUAAUUGAUUGAUGCACCUUCCAAUGCAAUGUGUUGCUAACCCAGUACCUCCAUUUAAUAAGCUUUCCAAAUGAUUCAAUGUUACUAGAAAAUAAAACUUUUCAAUUUAUUUAUCUACAAAAGUCACCUUUAAAUCCUAUGUAAAUAAAUAAUUUAGAAUGAUUGUCUGAUAGUAUUGAAUCCUUUGGAGAGCUUAAUAAAAUGUGGCCUUAGAUUGCAGGACGUAGCACAUGGAAUGUCUUUUUUGAUUGUUUUUAUCACCAGUACUGGUACUUUUUCAUUAGAAAUAACGAACACCUUUUAGAUGAAUCUAGAUCAUCGAUAUUAACCAUUUUGAAAACUAUUUAUCUAUACCAGAGAUAGGCAACCUUCGGCACUCCAGAUGCUGUGAACUACAUGCCCCAUAAUGCUCUUACACCCAUAAUGCUGGCCAAGCAUCAUGGGAGAUGUAGUCCAAAACAUCUGGAGGACCGAAGGCUGCCUAUGCCUGGUCUAUGCCUGGUCUAUGCCAUCGCCAGGAUGAGCAAAUAUUAGAAACCCCUUCACUAAUGGACGUAGCUAUUAAAGUUUCCAAAAUCGGCAAUAAUUUUGCAAACGAUUGCUAUAAACAAGCAAGAUGUAUGGUCUAUACACAAACGGGAUGUGCAGUAUUUUUCUUUUUUCUUUCGUUUUUUUUUUCAUUUUUCCCAAAAAAAUGUAAAAUGUGCUGAUCCUAGGGGAAGAAUGUGUAACGUUGCGGUAAGAUAUUUGUGAAAGCGAUUUUGCUAAAACAGCAAUAUAGCCUUGUUUGUUGUUUGUUUGUGUUUUAUUUUUUUUUAAACCACUACUUCAGGAGUAAAUUUUUGCACUAUAUUUUCUUUUUCUUUUCCUUUUUUAAUAAUUCCUUUCACAAAUACGCUGCCGGUUGACUCAAUAUAAAGCUCAUUUAACAUCCACUUUUCAAACCGCUCUCAGACUCAACGAGUUGCAUUGUCUCUAGCGUCUGGUAGUCUCUGCCUAUAUUACAGAUAUCUGCCUUUGUAAUCCAUUUCAGAGUUUUUAGUUUCUGACACAAUAUUCAACAUUUCAGUUUAACAAGAUACAGUAGCUCAUUGUUUCUUCAUCUUUACAAUAAAACUAUUCAUAAUCUUUGCUGGUGUAUAAAUAACAGAAUAAUAACAUAAAAAUUCUGAGAAAACAGUUUGUGGAAAACACAACAAAUUGUAAGUGCUCUGUUUAACAUUUUUGUACUUAAUAAAAAUAAAAAGGAAAAACAUAUCUCACAUUUUAUUACGAAAGGUGACGAUUGCUGUAAACUAUUUAUUCUUAUAAUUUAUAUUAUUCUAAUCUUUGUCUUUUUUGUCUUGACAAAGCAUUUAUUUAAUAAAGUUCUGAAUUUCAAUUUUUAAUUCCCAUUAUUUAGGGUAGACUGUUGUUUUCAUAAUCCCAGGGACAGGAAAGUAACUCAUGUAAACGUGGAAAAUACAUGCAUUUAUUCACUAUUUUAAAGUUAAGGCCAAAGCUGGCGAAUUGAUAGCAUGUAGCUGACUUAGAGAUUGUUUCCAGCUGAACUUGAAACUCACUUUGAAUUCUUACGUUAGUAAAUAACCCUGUAAAAUGUAAAUUUUGGGGCGUUUACCAAUGAAUUGCAAACUUUGCCCAAAAGAGCUGAGCUGAAAGAAUAGCUGAAUAUGAUAUUGUAUACCAAUUCUCUGGCGAAUUCCAUGCAAUUCACAAUUUAGUAAAAAAAAAAAAAAAAAAAUGUUUUAAAUCCUUGGAUGUUUUUUCACGAAACAUUAAAUUCUAGUAAAUUAAAAUCGUAAUUGCAAAACUAAAAUAGCCAUGCUUUGACUACAAAUCACCAGUUUUUGGCUAAAUAUUGAAAUUUGUUUUUUAAUUCUUU